AUGGCACACAUCUAUGAUCCACAAACUGGCGUACUGACUGCGUCACUCGACAUCGAAUCGUUGAAAGAGGAGUUGGAUUCGAGCACAGCAGUAAGCGAACAGGAAAUGGCUCGGGAUGACAAUCCACAGUGUAAUACCGGUAAAAAAGACAAUCGAGACAGGACACCAUGCAUUGGGGAUUCGGCUUGUGACGCGGAAAACCUGUUACAGUUCACCUGUCUUCCCGAAUCGAAUCUAUGUGUGAUUUGGAAAUGGAAUGGACAAAGGCUGAUGAUAAUGGACUGGACUAAGAUGAAGCCUCUCGGGACAUCCACCGUUUGUGACGGACGUUUGCUCCAUUUAUCCGUUAUUGGAAAUCAGAACGCUCUGUUCUCACUGGAAUACACGAGUGGGGAAGAGCGAACUACUCAGAAUGAGGCGACCAAACACAACCUCGACUCACGUUCAUCUGCAUCACAGAUACAGCUUUCAAUGUUCUUGCGCUCUUGGAGUAUUCACUUUACUAAAACCACACUCCUACCCGGAACACGGACGCCGUUGUUCACAGUGCAUGAACAAAUCCGAUUGUAUGAUAAUUUGCGUGAGGAAGAUAGACACAAUUACUGUCGGAGUCAAAUCAUCCGGCCGUUCGAGCAACACAAAAAUAGGCUUUGCAUUGAACUUGAUGACUCACGGCAGUGCGACUUUCUGUUCGCUUGGAAAUACGAGGCUGCGCGUGGGACAAUGAUGCAAUGUGCACCGUUGUUUGACUCUGAUCUCCAAAAACCAUUGUGCACGAGAGAUGUGGUGGCACGGGAAGAGAAAGAACUCGUGCGAGGGUUGAGCCACGUACAUUGGUUACAUGAUUAUCCAAUCAGUGCUGCGUUACUACUCCAACGGUUGCAGUUGAGUGUCACAGCUGAUGUGAAUGGAAUAAUUAAGCUAUGGGACACGGAAUUCCGUCCUGUGGCGAAGCUACCGCAUCACACUUGCAGAAUAACCCACUUGUUGGCUCAUCCCCUAAUGCAUGCCACAGAGCAAGAUGCCGUUGGGGCCGACAGGAACAGGUUUCUCGGAUUUUUAUCGAUCGAUUCCGGUGGCACAUUGAAAUCAUGGGAAUAUAAACACUGGAAAUCCCUGGCAUCCACUGUUUGGCAAAAUACAAAUCUCGAAGAACCGAAUAGUCUGACCAUUGAUGAGACGGACUCGGUGCAGCUGUUCACACGGGGCCCCCGGGAAAAUAUCACAGCUAGUGAUAGAGCAAACGGUUCAACUUUGGCCCGUUUGUUCGCAUUGUGGACUGUCAGGGAUCAAAUUUGUUUUAUUCUGCAACCCCGACCAAAGCGCCUGAAUGGGAAUUGUGAUUAUAUAUUGGAAACGUGGAAAGCUAAACAGCGCGGUUUGCUUUGGGGGCAUUCAGAAAGCGGUUUGGCAUUGGACUACGGAAAAGUUAUUCAUCCUCAGAAAAUUGGGAACAAUUCCAUAAAUUUGAAAAUCGAUCCCGAGCAUAACCGAUUGAUCACAACUUCCUCCAGUGGUCUGGUAAAAUUUUGGAAAGAGAUCAGACCAAUUCCCCUAAUCCCGGCCAAAUCGAUUCAACAGCGACAAAAUGUGCAUUUUAUGCAUCGAUGGAUCUUCAGUCGUUUUCCGUUCGAGGCAAUACAACAAAUCAAUCUGUUCUGUCUCUACACCACACCACUUGUUUCGCCGAACUCGACUAAACACAGUGCGUUUUGUGUGGACACGGAUCUGAUGGCUUCCGAUCGACAAUUUACUCCCUACCGCAUUGAUGCAUGUGUUUGGAGGGAACCUGCCGGUAGAAGGGAACAGUUGCGAUCCGUCUAUUCAGCUGAUGUGAGCAAAAUGGGGCUGGAAACCAGUGUGGCUCUCUCCGAACGAUUAGCCCAAUUACGUCGAUUAUUUGUGACCAUCUCAAAAGACGCAAUGGGCACGGACAGACUGGAAAUAUGGCAGUGGGAUUACGCAACAAGCACUACGGUCACACGUCAUGAAACCUUGAACAACGAUACCAGACGGGACCUAUUUUUGCGCCCGGUCAUCAUGGAGAAUCCGCAAUGCCCUGAGCCAGCUCAAAUCGGUCCCGUACCACAGCUGAGUUGUCGUCUGAAUCUAGUGAACACUUUCCGUUUGCCACCAUUUCAAUUCGGUGCAAACGAGACUGAAAAGGCAAUUUGUUUGACGUUUCUGAAUGGAACAGACACUGUUGUUUUGGCCUUUGAAGAACGGGUAUUUCUAUUGCCUGUGGACAACCUCAUACCUGGUUAUAAUGUGUUUCGUUCGAGAUUGUCCACCCUUAUUCAGCCCGAACCGUGUAAAGUGAAAGGAUUGAUUGAAUCGAGCAUCAACGAUUCGAUCAAUCAAAACUCUGCUUUGAUAUCGACCAGGACAUGGGACGAAGAGUUGUUAAGACAGAUGGACUACGAAUCCUUAAGAUUGAUCAACUCGGUACAGAAACAAUAUCUUCCAAGUUCGAUCAGAUAUCGAUUAGAUGUUUUACAUUCACAACUGGAACAGUCUCGCGGAAUUUCUCUGCGAAUUAAGCGACAACAAGACGACUUAGAUCGGUUGAUGAGUUCGUCGGUGAGUGCAAAAGAGUCGUGCUCGAAGGCAAACGUGAAACGAAUCAAAGAGGAAGCUUUCUCCGCUUACUUUAAGAAACUUCUGACUGAAUACGAACUGAAGGCAUUUCAACUGCGUGCUCAAUCGCCAGACAAAUGUUCGGGUAAAUCUAGACAGUUGGACACUACAACUACUCAUUCAGUUAACAGUAACAACAACAACACCUCAACCGUGACUGAGCAGCCGUCUGGCGGGCAAGACAAGUCACAACGACGUUCGAGGAGGCAUGUGGGCAAACGUGUUCUACCAUCACGACUUUUACCACCGAUCAAACGAAAACAAGAAAACGCGGUUGAAGCUGCAAAUGAAACUUCUAGUGACAUGACUGUUGCAGAAGCCAAUUCUGAGUGGGGCGUACUUCCAUUAUACCGAGCACAUGGUUUCUUUCCUGCCAACAUGCUUGAUCAAACUGGUCGGUGGACAUGUGGUUGGGCUCCGAAUUCCGUGCUCAUCCAACAUCUUUGUCCCGAGAAAUAUCCGGUUCCACAAUCAGCCACUGAACGAGUUCAAUGGAAACUACCAGAUUUGAUUUCACUUAAAGAAAAAUGUCGUCUGGCUAGUCUGACGGAGUCGGACACAUUGGAAACAAGCGACAGUUUCAUAGUACCUAGUCCCACACCGAUUGAUGAGAUAUUGUUGGCGGAAGAGGAGGAGGAGGGGGAGGAUGAGCUGGAACUUGAGCGACAAAUCCAAGACAGAUAUUUGGCUCGUUCACAUCAGGACAGCUACAAAGAAGUGGAACUUGAAACGCGCAACGAAACGGCUUCAGAACCUGUCACACCAGUGCCCAAAUUGAAAGAACCGCGACUACCGACACCAAAAGGUCGUCCAAUAAAGUUUGAUUUACCCGAGACCGAUUUGUUGUCUCGUCUGUCGGCUGAUCCAGAACCACCGGUCAGACUAUUAAAACGUGAAAAUACCAUAUUCCUAACGGAGCUGAACGAGGAACUAACCACGAAUGUACCGAAACGGAGACCAACUAAACCACUUCCCGACUACCUUCUUUCAUAUGCUGAAAGCAGAUGGAUAGAAGCUACUGGAUUUUGGCCCACAGAUGAGUUCGGCGAGCAUCAAUGGACCGGUCAGAAGUAUGAUUCCGAUCCAAUCGCGUUUGUUUGCUGGAUACUGGACAGUGAUUUGUUUGACAAAAUCCUCACACAUCAGAUACCCCCGUGCCCGACAGAUGAGACACCAUUGAUGGCACAAACCGCUGUGGAAUUAUGCACGGCUAUUGGGUCAUUUCAUGUACAAUACGGUUUGCCAAAUGCUCUGCUCAAGCGAAUUCACCAAUCCGUUUGCACUCUUCUCCUAACCACUCGAUUCAUUGAACUAUUCACUCUUCUGCCCUCAUGGUCUUUGCUAUGGGCUACCAGUAGACUUCUUCUGAAUUUGGGCUAUCGUGACCAGUGUACCAUUGCCCUGUUCCUGACCACAUAUUUCGCCCUGGAAGCACAACGUUCCUUCCGGGAACAGUUUGUGUCCGAGAAACAGAUGCUGAUUGUCAGCACAUUUGAACAACUGGGGUUACUGGAUCCGAGUAACGAACUAGUCCACGAAUUGGCAGCCUUAUUCCGUGGUAAGCAUCCAAAACGUUUUGAUGGCAAACAAAUGGACAGUCAAUUGACAGACACAGAGCAGACGGGUUUACAAAAUUGGCUGGUCGAAGGUUCCGCGGGUGAGCAAUUUUGGUUACAUGCGGUGGAGCUUGCACGCACCUGGCUGGAGCAUUGGUGCGCGAUAUGGGCAACUAAAAGAGAAACCAGUAAAAUGCCGAACAAGCGCUUCGCAAAACGCUCAGUCCCCAUUGGACCCACUCUCGCAGACAGCACCAAAUCUUCGGCCAGAUCGAGGCAUGUGAAAUGGUCUAGAGCCUCGGAUCAAGCCACAUACAGACCGGAAUCAGGCACUCCGUUCCAACAAUCCCCGGAUGUGAUCGAAGCUAUCAACACAUUCUGUCGGGCAACAAGAGCCUGGAAUGGACGCGUACAAUUGUCAACUGCUGAGACCACGCAGGUGGACGACAAGAUCGAAACCGAGGUCGUGAAAAUCUCUUCCGUGAGAGGGAUCCCUGCUUCAACGGACCAGUUGGAGGUGUCUCGUGUUAUCUGUUUGAAGGACCGUACGCGUCCACCGUGUGAUCAACCCUGGAACGCAUAUCGUCGAGCCCUUGAAGGCCAGUUCCCUCCGGUCGUUGCACUUCGACUACCCAAACAUAAUUUGAUUCCAUUCUGGGAAGCGGAAUCAAAAUCGGAAUUAUUGUGGCGUCGUUUGCGUGAAAUUUUAUUUUGGAAACGUUUCAUUUUGGAUAAAACAAGACAAGAACGCAACGAUUAUGUCAAUCGGACAUCGGUACAUCCGAAUGGUUUUGAACGAAUGCUCACAGAACAACAAAUUCGGUAUUACGAAAAGAAUCUACGUCUUCAGAUUGUUCGAACGAGUGAAGAGUAUCGACUGCAGUUCAUGAAAACAUUCAUUCCCGCCUUAUCACGUAUUUUGUCCCCGGUUGCCUCAUGGCACCUACCUCAACUAACCUCGUCUUAUACACCGCAGUCAACAAUGAUACCUCGCCAUCACGUGACUUUCGCGUUUGAUAAUAGUUUAUCAUUUGCCGAGACCGAUAGCGUAUGGAAAGAUCAGUCAGCGUAA